GCCUCCCAACUCUGGCCUUCCAGCCUCAGCAUGUGGCUCAGCAGUCUCUUUUCUGGCCUCCUAAUCCUUAACUUCACCCUGAAAGGAACCUCUGAACUAUUUAAUGAACCGAAAGGUGAUGGGAAGCCAGGGAUGUGCCCUGUGGACCAUUUUAAAUGUCGGCAGAAGCUGCCUGGAGAAUGUGCUACGGAUUAUCAGUGCUUCGGGAUGAUGAAAUGCUGUUUUCUUAGUUGCCAAUUCAGAUGCUUGAAUCCUGGAGAAGCUCAAGUGUCAAGACUCAGACUCUGUGACGAAAUGCCCCCACUACCAUACUGCAAACUGGGUUGUUAUGAAGACAAAGAUUGCCAUAAUCAGAAAAACUGUUGUAAUUCUUACUGUGGAGACAUCUGCUUCUUGUCUCCAGACCCCGAGACUACUGUUAGCCCAGAAUAGUUACUGGUCUUUAGCUUUGUAAUCUAGGCACUUAAUAAAUGCUUAUUGACUGA